CUUUAAAAGUGACACAUUCGCUUCAAAUUUUAUCGGAGAAUGUUGAAACAGUGUCAAAAAUUUUCGUCGAAAUCGUUUAAAGAUCCAUCAGAAUUGACAAAUUCGACCCUUAAACUAAUUCACGUGAUUUUCAGGCAUGGAAAUCGAACACCAGCAGCUCAUGCCUAUAAAGAUGAUGUCCAAGAAACUGGAUAUAAACCUUAUGGACCUGGCCAACUCACCAAUGCAGGAAAGGAAACAAUGUAUAAAUUGGGGCAAUUUAUAAGACAGAAUUAUAAUAAUUUCUUGGGGGAAUAUUUUCCCGGAGUUAUACAAGCGAGAACGACAUGCGUGGACCGCACUCAAUGUAGUUUACAAUUAUUUUUAGCCGGUUUAUAUCCACCAAGAAAUAAGUUAGUGUGGGAUCCCGCAUUAUUAUGGCAACCAAUUCCUUAUAUUACAACAAAUAUAGAACACGAUAGCAUUUUACAAGCAUUCACUUUCAAUCCGAAUUAUAAAAUCGCUUAUAGAGAAUAUCAAAAGAAAUUUAAUUUUCGAAAGAAAAAUUUAGACUUAGUAAAAUACAUAGAAAAACAUUCCAAGAAAAAGAUUGAAACGAUUAAAGAUGUUUGGUUGCUUUAUUUUCAAUUAAUCAUGCAAGUUGAACUUGGCAUAGAAAUUCCUGAAUGGACCAAGAAAAUCUUUCCGAACCCUAUGGAAGAGAUCGCGUCUACAUACUACGUUCACACUUGUGCUACUUCACAACUAAGAACGUUAGUUUUAAAACCUUUAACAGAUAAAAUUAUCCACGACACCAAAUCGAAGCUUGAAAAGAAAGAUGCAGCAGUGUUAAUGUACGUUUAUUCAGGACAUGAAGUAAACAUAGCACACACUUUGAUUGCUUUGAAUUCGUUCAAACCAACGCAUAUUCCUCAGUAUGGAUCAUGUGUGAUUUUGGAGGUGCACCAAUUUGAUGAUGAAGUUUAUAUAAAGGGUUUAUAUAAACUGGCAAAUAAGCCUUACACGAUUUUAUUGCAAUUAUGGAACAAAAAUCCGCUCGAAUUUAAGGAAUUUGUAGAAAACAUUGAUGCGAACUAUAAAUAAAACGAUUUUCGAGGAA